CGAAUUGAACAUAAAACAAAAACUGUUUUUUUAAAAAUACUUCAGAAAUACUAAAUGCUAUUUAUUUGAUGAUUUCUAAUAUAAAUAAUGAAUCACUUUUAUUUACUUUUUUCACACAACCACGCUGGAAAAAAAAAGUUUUGGUUGUUUGUCGUUUUGUUUAUCAUUCAGAGAAUCGGAGGAAGCUUCAGCAGCAUCGUGAUAGGCAAUUAUCUAAUUAGAGUUGUUUAUAAGAACACAUCUAAUGAAAUCGAAAUCAGUAGUCUUAAAAAUAAUUCAAAGCUUCCUGAUGUGAUAGACUUUACUGAAAGUUUUGAUAGUCCGAAUUUUACUUCAAUUUAUUAUGGACAAAGAAUAUAUGGAUGGAUUCAAGUAAAGCAAACUGGGGCUUAUGGAUUUUAUAUAUCCUGUAAAAGUUCAUGUGAACUUUACAUAAGCCUUAAUGAAGACCCCACUAACAUAAGCAGAAUAAUUAGCCAGAAAAAUUCAAGUCUUCAAAGUUCAUGGACUCAAUAUCCAGAGGAUUGCAAUCCAAAAUAUAUUUAUUUGAAAUCCAAUUCAAAGUAUUAUAUUGAAGUUCUUAUGACUGGUAAUUCUGAUGAAGAUCAUUUAUCAAUAGAGGCACAGCUAAUGGGAUCUCAAACAUUUAAAAUAUCAAAAACUUGGCUAAGUAAUAUAAAAAUAGUGGUAUGUGCCUCUGGUUCUAUUUGUGAUGUUAAUGAGUAUGAUAUUUGCAUAAAUGAUAAAGUAUUGAAUUUAUUCAUAUGUACAUGUAAAAGCGGAUAUGAAUAUAAGAAUGGUAACUUGUUUUGUACAGAUGUGGAUGAGUGUGCCUACUUGUGUAAUGGUGAUGGUCUUACAUGCAAAAACUUUAAUGGAUCAUUCCAGUGUGUUUGCUUUGUUGGAUUUUCUUAUAAUUAUACUAGUCUCCAAUGUGAAGAUCUGGAUGAGUGCACCUACUUGUGUAAUGGUGAUGGUCUUACAUGCAAAAACUUUAAUGGAUCAUUCCAGUGUGUUUGCCCUGUUGGAUUUUCUUAUAAUUAUACUAGUCUCCAAUGUGAAGAUCUGGAUGAGUGCACUUACUUGUGUAAUGGUGAUGGUCUUACAUGCAAAAACUUUAAUGGAUCAUUCCAGUGUGUUUGCCCUGUUGGAUUUUCUUAUAAUUAUACUAGUCUCCAAUGUGAAGAUCUGGAUGAGUGCACUUACUUGUGUAAUGGUGAUGGUCUUACAUGCAAAAACUUUAAUGGAUCAUUCCAGUGUGUUUGCCCUGUUGGAUUUUCUUAUAAUUAUACUAGUCUCCAAUGUGAAGAUCUGGAUGAGUGCACUUACUUGUGUAAUGGUGAUGGUCUUACAUGCAAAAACUUUAAUGGAUCAUUCCAGUGUGUUUGCCCUGUUGGAUUUUCUUAUAAUUAUACUAGUCUCCAAUGUGAAGAUCUGGAUGAGUGCACCUACUUGUGUAAUGGUGAUGGUCUUACAUGCAAAAACUUUAAUGGAUCAUUCCAGUGUGUUUGUCCUGUUGGAUUUUUUUACAAUUAUACUAGUCUCCAAUGUGAAGAUGUGGAUGAGUGCACCUACUUGUGUAAUGGUGAUGGUCUUACAUGCAAAAACUUUAAUGGAUCAUUUCAGUGUGUUUGCCCUGUUGGAUUUUUUUACAAUUAUACUAGUCUUCAAUGUGAAGAUCUGGAUGAGUGCACCUACUUGUGUAAUGGUGAUGGUCUUACAUGCAAAAACUUUAAUGGAUCAUUCCAGUGUGUUUGCCCUGUUGGAUUUUCUUAUAAUUAUACUAGUCUCCAAUGUGAAGAUGUGGAUAAGUGCACCUACUUGUGUAAUGGUGAUGGUCUUACAUGCAAAAACUUUAAUGGAUUAUUCCAGUGUGUUUGCCCUGUUGGAUUUUUUUACAAUUAUACGAGUCUCCAAUGUGAAGAUGUGGAUGAGUGCACCUACUUGUGUAAUGGUGAUGGUCUAAUAUGUAAUAACUUAAAUGGAUCAUUCCAGUGUGUUUGUCCUGUUGGAUUUUCUUACAAUUAUACUAGUCUCCAAUGUGAAGAUGUGGAUGAGUGCACCUACUUGUGUAAUGGUGAUGGUCUUAUAUGCAAAAACUUUAAUGGAUCAUUCCAGUGUGUUUGCCCUGUUGGAUUUUCUUACAAUUAUACUAGUCUCCAAUGUGAUAAUGAGUGUACAAAGUUGUGUAAAGGAAAUUUUACAUGCAUUUAUAAGUAUGGAUCAUUGCAAUGUGUUUGUCCAGUUGGGUCUAUUUACAACUCUAUUAGUUAUCAGUGUGAAGUAUUCAAUGAAUGCCUUAUUUUUUGUUCAAAGAAAAGUAAUGAUGAUGAUGACGAUAAAAGUAAUGGAUUUUGUAAACAAAUAAAUGGUAACUAUAAGUGCACUUGCAGUAUUGGAUAUUUUUUUAACUAUACAUCUGCUAAGUGCCAAGUUGCAAGAUUGAUUCAAGAAGUUUAUUUAAAUUUUUCAAGUGAGCAUAGCUUACAAAGUUUAAAAAAUAGUCUCAGUUACCCACAAUUUCCAGACUUUUACAAGAUUAUUUCAAACUUUAACAUCCAAACAAAUAAUAGUGAAAAUUAUGGGCAAAGAAUUCGCGGCUGGCUCCAAGUUAAGUUAUCUGGCAAUUAUACAUUUUAUAGUUCCUGUAAAGGUGUUUGUCAGUUCUUCAUAAGUACAGAUAACGAUCCUUUGAAAAAACGGAUGCUCAUCAAUCAGACACAAUCAAGUAUAUGUUGCAACUGGAAUCAGUAUCCUAAUCAAGUUUCAGACAAAAUCUUGCUAUGGAUUAACAAAAGAUAUUAUAUCGAGGCUGUUAUGAUUGGACAUAAUUUUGAUGGGCAUAUUGCUAUUGGAUUAAAGCUCAAUGGGAUAAGUAUUACUCCAACUUUAUUAACCAGCAGUCAACUAAGUCCGAUACGAAUAAGUUUUCCUGAAUCCCAGCUCCAUGACAACGAAAUUUGUAUUUCAGAGAAUUCUAAUUACUCACUUUGUACUUGUCAAAAUGGCUUUAGUUAUUAUAAUGGAAAUCUUAUGUGUUCAGACAUUAAUGAAUGUUAUAAUGGUAUUAACGAUUGCAAUUGGGACCAUAGUAAAUGCAUUAACUUGAUUGGUAACUAUUCUUGUUCAUGUCAAAAUGGCUGGCAGUUGGUUAAUAACCAGAGAUACUGUGAAGAUGUGAACGAAUGUACUUACUUGUGUAAAGGCGGUAAUCUUACCUGUAAUAAUUUAGAUGGAUCAUACAUUUGUAUUUGUCCUGUUGGAUUUCAUUACAAUUAUAAUAGUUUGCAAUGUGAUGAUGUGGAUGAGUGCACUUUUCUGUGUAAAGGAGAAAUUUUAAAAUGUAAUAAUUUAAUUGGAUCAUACACAUGUGAUUGUCCUGUUGGUUUUUCAUACAACUAUACGAGUUUGCAGUGUGAUGAUGUAAAUGAAUGCUCCUAUAUGUGUAGAGCUAAUAAUUAUACUUGUAUAAAUAUGCAUGGUUCAUACCAGUGUGUUUGUCCAGUUGGGUUUUCAAACAACUUUACAAAUCUUCCAUGUGAUGAAGUGAAAAAAUGUGCCCAUUUGUGUAAAAGUGACAAUCGUACUUGCAAUAACUUGAAUGGAAGCUUUCAGUGUGUUUGUCCUGUUGGUUAUUUUUUCAAUUAUACUAGCCUUCAAUGCGAUGAUAUCAAUGAAUGUGCUUACUUGUGUAAAGGUGAUGAUCUUAAAUGUAAUAAUUUGGUUGGGUUGUAUAAUUGUGUUUGUCCUGUUGGUUUUAUUUACAAUUAUACUAGUCAGCAAUGUGAAGACGUGAAUGAAUGUGUUUUUCUGUGUAAAGAUGAUAAAAAUAUUUGCAAUAAUUUAAAUGGAUCAUACCUGUGCGAGUGUCCCAAUGGAUUUUUGUUUAACUAUACUACUCUACAAUGUGAUGAUGUGAAUGAAUGUACUUACUUGUGCAAAGGUGGUAAUCUUACCUGUAAUAAUUUAUUUGGAUCAUAUACAUGUAUUUGUCCUGUUGGAUUUUCUUACAAUUAUAAUAGCUCACAAUGUGAUGAUAUAGAUGAGUGCCCUUUUCUGUGCAAAGGAGAAAAUUUAAAAUGUAAUAAUUUAAUUGGAUCAUAUACAUGUGAUUGUCCUGUUGGUUUUUUAUACAACUAUACAAGUUUACAGUGUGGUGAUGUGAACGAAUGUACUUACUUGUGCAAAGGUGGUAAUCUUACCUGUAAUAAUUUAGUUGGAUCAUACACAUGUAUUUGUCCUUUUGGAUUUUCUUACAAUUAUAAUAGUUCACAAUGUGAUGAUGUGGAUGAGUGCACUUUUCUGUGUAAAGGAGAAAUUUUAAAAUGUAAUAAUUUAAUUGGAUCAUACACAUGUGAUUGUCCUGUUGGUUUUUCAUACAACUAUACGAGUUUACAGUGUGAUGAUGUAAAUGAAUGCUCCUAUAUGUGCAGAGCUAUUAAUUAUACUUGUAUAAAUAUGCAUGGUUCAUACCAGUGUGUUUGUCCAGUUGGGUUUUCAAACAACUUUACAAAUCUUCCAUGUGAUGAAGUGAAAAAAUGUGCCCAUUUGUGUAAAAGUGACAAUCGUACUUGCAAUAACUUGAAUGGAAGCUUUCAGUGUGUUUGUCCUGUUGGUUAUUUUUUCAAUUAUACUAGCCUUCAAUGCGAUGAUAUCAAUGAAUGUGCUUACUUGUGUAAAGGUGAUGAUCUUAAAUGUAAUAAUUUGGUUGGGUUGUACAACUGUGUUUGCCCUGUUGGUUUUAUUUACAAUUAUACUAGUCAGCAAUGUGAAGACGUGAAUGAAUGUGUUUUUCUGUGUAAAGAUGAGAAUAAUAUUUGCAAUAAUAUAAAUGGAUCAUACCUGUGUGAUUGUCCUGAUGGAUAUUUGUUUAACUAUACUACUUUACAUUGUGAUGAAUUUAUGUUUGGAAGAAAUGGUAUUGGUAUCUACAUUGAGGGAAAUGUUUUAUAUGGCAAAAACAUCGAACCUGUUGUCACUGUUGUAAAUGGUACAAAGUUAAAGAUUGAGUUAGACUUUGGUGAUGGUACAUCUCCUAAUUUAAAAUUUUUUACUCCAAAUGUAGAUGAUCUUUCACCUGUCAGCUUGAUGUUUUCACACAAGUAUUCUCAGUGUGGAAAGUAUAGUGUCAGUGUACGAGUAAUAAAUCUUUCCUCUAAAACUAGCAAUUCAACAAUUUAUGUUAAUCUUACAAAUGUGACUGUAUAUUGUUAUUUAUCAGAAAUCAAGCUUGAUUACAAUAGUUCAAGUCAACUUGUUAUACCUGUUAACAAUGAGUUCCGGCUUAACGUAAGUCAGGCAUCGGGUUCUUAUGUGAACUACACUGUUAAUUGGGGGGAUGGUAUCAGUGAGUUUAGGGACCAAAGUCAAAAUUUAUUUCUUUUACCAUUUUUUGCAAAACACAUUUACACUAGAGAAGGUAACUACACUAUAUCUGUGAUUGCAAUGAAUGCAGUACAGACUAUGAACAAAUCAUUUAAUCUUUUCGUGUUUAAAUCUUCACAGCCAGAUAUUGAUUUUAAUUAUGGAACUAAAGAAAAACCAAUUAGUAUUUUACACAUUGUUGAUUAUAAUUUUACAGCAAAUAUUUCUAAAAAGUUGGACAAAUCAAUCAUUGAAAAUGCAUCUUUUCAGUGGGUGAUGUCAGGCCUGGAUUUCGAAGUAAAACUCAGAGCAGUUUUUCUUAAUUAUCAAAUUGUCUAUACUUUAAAAAAAAAUGAAAUUGCAAUUGGCUCAUAUAAUCUUUCACUACUGUUUACAUAUAACAAUUUUACCAGUGUUUUUACUGCUUUUUUUUCUGUCUUAAAGAUACCCUUGUUCGUUGAAAUCGAAGGUGGUUUCUACCGUACAGUUGCUCACAAGAAGAUAAUAAAUAAUAACACUGCUUAUAAUAAUUUUAGUAUUAGUGCAGAAAAAAGCUAUGAUCCUGAAGAUCCCCAAGCUAAGUUUGAAGGAAUAUCUUUUCAGUGGAGAUGUAAAUUAAUGAGUAAUUUUUCUUCAGGUAUCUUAGCAACAACUGAUGUUGUGUUUACUUCUAAAUUAUGUAUAAAUGAUUCUUGGGUUUUAUUGGAUGUCAGUGGACCAAUUAUUUUGUUUAACACAAAGAUGUUUUUAGUGGGUGAGACAUAUAUGUUUGAAGUUUAUGCUACUAAAGGUUUUGGUUAUCAUCAACAAGGAGGUUCAUUUAUUCAAGAAAUAACAUUUAGUGAAAAUGUAUUUGAUGUACAACUUAUUUGCUUGAUAAACUGUGAUGAAAGAUUAAAUUUUCAACAAUCUACAGUUUUUUCAUAUACUUGUAUUGAUUGUGAAAGAUGCAUAAUACAACCUUAUUGGACAAUAUUAGAUGAUCAGGAAAACAUCCCAAGCGAACUUUCUCAAAAUAAUCUAUCAACAAGUUUUAAUGACACAAGUUUAAUUAUUAAUGCUGGUGUCUUGCUAGAAUCAAAAAAUUACACUUUUAUCUUACAAGUGGCUUGCACUGGAUUGUCCUUCUUAUCAACUUUUAAAAUAAAGAAAAUGACUUGCUCUUUGCCACGUCCUGGUGCUUGUUACAUUAGCCCCCUUAUUGGAUAUGCUGUAAAAACAAGUUUUAAUAUUACAUGUGAAGGAUGGUCAACUGCAGAAGGUUCAUUAAGUUAUCUUUUUUUUUAUGAAAAUGGUCAAUAUAAGCUCUCAAAUAGUAAUAGUGGUUAUAUGUUGCUGAAUUCUAAAACUUUUUAUCAAUCUUAUUUAAAUAAUAUUCUUCUUGGAGCUGGCGAUGAACAUAAUAAUUAUACUGUUCAACUAUUUGUACAUAUUGCUGGAAAAUAUGGAGCUUUUAUUGAGUUCAAUAGUAUUUCUAUUCAGGUUCUACCAAAUCUACAAGAAAUGAAUUUAACUAAUAUACUUUCUACUGUUGAUAAAAAUGACACACAAAAAUUAAUGAUUUCAAUUCAAGCCAUAGCCUCUGUUGUUAACAGAGAGCAAAACUUAAUUGAAUAUCAAACUCUUCGUAAUGAAAUGAUAGGAAUGCUUGCAAGUGUCACUUUUUCUAAUUUGAAUGAUGUUAAGCUUGUUAGUGACUGUCUUUCAGCAUUAUCAAAUUAUCCAUCAGAAUUGGUUUUAAAUACUCAGGUUGUUGCUGCAAAUAUUGCAAGGAAUAUUGGAGAAUUUCUUUGUGAAGUAAAUAUCAAGUCUUUAAGUUUUGUUUCAUUUUAUAAUACAACUCAAUCAUUGCUUCAAUUUGUUUCAAAUAUUUUUGUUGCGAAUGCAAAUGUUGUAAAUGACUCCAUCAAUUACUCACAAAGCCAACAGAAUUCAUUUAAUAAAAGUCAGUCAGAUGCAGAUGUUGUAUCCAAACUCUUAGGAUUUAUGGAGGAUUACUUUUAUGUUCUUCAAGCAUACAAAAUUCCUGGUGAAAUUGCUACCACUGGAAGUACAGCAGCAUUUGAUUUUUUUUUAAAGAAAGAACUCAAAGAUAACCUGAGCAAUAUGACUAUUUCUUCUGGUUUUAUUCUUUCAGAUGCUAAAGAAAUGUUUAACCAGUCUCUCAAGAACAUUCCAAUAAUAGUGAAUAAUCUUCGAUUAAAAAAUCAACCAUAUACGUGGGAUAUAGAUCGAUCAAAAAAUAUUGCAUCUGAGUUACAAAGUCUUUCAAUGUCUACUACAGAAAGAUUACCAAUAAAUGUAAAUAACUUGCAGCAACCAAUCAUCAUUGCAAUAUUAAAUAAACCUGAAAAAAUUAGGGGAUAUAACUUGUCUUUAUCUGCCCCAGAAGAACCUAAGGUGUUGUCCCUUAAAUUGACAUCCAGCUUAUGCAAUAUGAUGUUGAAAUUUAGUGCAUCCAAUGAUCCUAGUAAUUUGACUUUUCUCAUUGUAUUUCUUCAGUUUGGAAAAGUUCCUACAAAAAAUGAUUAUGAUAUUAGGCUUAAUAUAUCAAACAAAGAUGGCGUUGUUCUUACAAAAAAUAGGCUUGCUAUGAGUUUUAAUGCAAGUGAAGAAGUAUCAUUUGGUCAAAAAAAUAACCUUACCAACAGUGAGAUUAAAAAUUCUUCUUUUUUUGUUGAAAGAAAUCAACAAGCUCAUCUACUUGAUGGUGGUACUUUAAUUUUGUGGGAUUUUCAGAAUUCAACAUAUGCUUUUCUUAACAAUUCAGUUUUGUAUAUAUCAUUCUUCUAUGUUGGUCCUAUGCCAGCUAAAAAAUUGGAAGAAAAUUCAUAUACUUAUGAUGAAAAGGAAUACGAAGGGGAGUUCAUUUAUGAAAUGAAAUCUUAUUGCAGUGAAUGUAAUUACUGGAAUGAAAUAUCAAAUAAGUGGAUGUCUGAUGGAUGUCAACUUGACUUUGAAACAACCAGCUUUGAAGUAACAAAGUGUAAAUGUAAACACUUGACUGGAUUUGGUGGAUUUUAUGUUGCUCCAAACGUUAUUCAGAAACCGUCAUUAGCAUUAUUGAAAAAGGGUUAUCUUCUUCUAGUAAUUGUUACAAUAAUUUUGUUGUUUUGGAUUUGUGGUUUAAUAUUUGCAAGACGAAUGGAUAUAAAAGACAACACUAAAUAUGGUGUUUGUCCACUUCCUGAUAAUUCUCCUGAAGAUAGCUAUUUAUACCAGAUUACUGUGAAUACUGGUGAUCGUAUUCAUGCUGGUACAAAUUCAAAAAUAUUUUUUAUAUUAGCUGGAGAUAUUUCAAAAACGAAGACACACAGGCUGAUUGAUUCUGAAAGACAAUGUUUUCAAAGAUCAGCUUCUGACUCUUUCAUAUUAACAACACCAAACUGUUUGGGUGAUCUAACUUAUAUUCGACUUUGGCAUGAUAAUAAAGGUGGUGGUUGGUACUUAAGAAAUGUUGAAGUUCUUGACCUACAAACAGACAAACGAUAUUAUUUUAUGGCGAAAUGUUGGAUUGCAAUCGAUAAAGGUGAUUGUUUAUUAGAUGUUACAAUACCAGUAUCAGCUUCUGAUGAGUUGACACAUUUUAGUUAUCUGUUUACAACAAGAGUGCGAAAUGAUUUUUUUGAAAAACAUUUGUGGUUCUCUGUUUUUACUCGUCCACCAAGAAGUAUUUUUAAUCGUUGUGAACGAUUAUCUGUUGCUGUUUUAUUAGUCGUUGUGCAAAUGACUGCUAGCACCAUGUUUUAUGGCAAAGUGUCAAAUGAUCCAGUAAAUAAUAAUAAAGUAUUGGGAAUAAAUUUUUCAUGGCAACAGAUUUAUGUUGCAUUAAUUUCUGCAUGUAUUACAGUUCCAGUAGAAUUAAUUUUUGUUCAUGUGUUUCAUUUGAUAAAUCCAUUUUACAAGUUUGCUCUGAAAAAAAAAGAUAUAGAAUCCAAUACUUGUUCAACGUUUGAUGAGAAUAAUUUCAAGAAAGAAAUCAAGAAAAAAAAAGGUUUUUAUUUACCUUAUUGGGCAAAGUAUGUCACAUGGUCUCUUUGUGUUAUUGCAAUUCUCUCAUGCAGUUGUGUUGUUUUGUUAUUUGGAAUGUCUUUUGGAAAUAAAAAGUCUUUAGAUUGGUUAAUAAGCGUAAUACUAUCAAUGGUUCAUGAUGUAUUUGUAAUGCAACCUAUGAAAAUUUUUAUCAUUGCAAUAAUAACAGCUCUUGCAAUAAAAAAGAUUGAUGACAAGCAAAAGUAUUUUGCUGAUGAUCAAGCAAAAAUACUUGCUCACAAUGAAAAUUGGCUACAUAACUUUCAUAAACGGUUAUCAAUCUUUGAGCGUGUUGAGUUAGAUAUCAGUCCUCCAGAUAAACAUUUGAUCGAAUCAAUUAAAGAAAGCCGUAUGCAUAAGUUAAGAUUAUAUUCACUUGUACGAGAACUUCUGUUUUAUUUGAUUUUUGCACUAUUAGUAUUUUAUUUGGCUUAUGCUUCUCAUGGAAACUAUUCAUUUACACAAACAAAUAAUAUAGAGUCUCUUUUUAAUCUAAGAUCAGACUCUUCCUCCACUAAACAACAUCUGGUUUUAAAACAGCUUCGAUCCAAAAAUGACUUCUGGGUAUGGUUAAACUCAUUUUUUUUCCUUCAAGUUUUUCCUGAACCAUGGAGUAACAAAAAAAGUGAUGGAAAUAUCUUCAUAAAUGAUUUUAAUUCCAAGAUUAUUAAUGGAAUACGAAUUCGACAAGCACGUGUUAAAUCGCAUUCCUGCUUAAAACCAAGUUUAGUUGCGGAUCUUUUUAUUCUGGAUUGUUUAUCUGAGCUUAAAUCAUCAUUAGAGGAAACAAACGAUUUUGACUUUGACUGGUCAUUACCUAAAAAGUACAGUUUUCCUAUCAAUCAAUCUACAAAACCUUGGAGAUAUCAAACUUCAAAUGAACUAGAUGGAUAUCCAUUUGGGGCCAAAUUACAAACCUAUUUUGGAGGAGGGUAUGUUAUUGAAAUUUUUCCAAAAUGGAAUAAUAAGAAAGUUAUAGAAGAUGUAAAAAAACAUAUGUGGAUUGAUCGCCAAACAAGAGCCAUAUUCAUCGAGUUUGCUUUAUUUAAUGCUGCAACUAAUAAUUUUAACAUGGUUACUUUUGUAUUUGAGUUCCCAGCAUCUGGAGGGUUAAUACCUAGUUAUUCUGUUAGUACUUUUAAAUUAUAUCCAUCAGAAAAUGAUGCUGUUAUUAUUGGUUGCCAGCUCAUAUUUUUUGUUAUGAUGUUCAUUUUUACAAUAAGAGAAUGUAGAAUGUUGCGUAGAACAGGUUGGAAAUACUUUAAAGGUUUUUGGAACUUGACUGAAGUUAUGCUUGUUUUACUUUCCAUACAAGCAGUUGUUUUCUUUUUUUAUAGAGGUAAACUUGCAAAAGAUUUACUUAAUCGACUUCCAGCAAAAGAACCUCAAAAGUUUAUAAAUUUUCAAUUUGCUUCUUAUUGGGAUUUGAUGUUUACUUACAUUGUCUCCUUGAUAGUUUUUAUUGUUAAUAUAAAGUUUAUGAAAAUACUCAAUUUUAAUCCUCGUAUUUCAAUGAUGUCAGCUACAUUAAAAGCAUCAAGUCACUAUUUAAUCACUUUAGCUUUUACUUUGUUUGUUAUUAUGUCUGCAAUGGUUUGCUUUUCUAAUAUAGCAUUUGGUGCUGUGUUGGAAGGAUAUAAAAGCUAUUUUGAAACAACUGUUUCCCUUAUGUCAUUGGUUUUAGGGAAGUUUGAUUUUAACCAGAUACAGAACUCGUGUGGCUAUAUUGGUCCACUUUUUUUAUUUGCCUUUAACAUUUGGAUGAAUUGGAUUAUGAUGAGCUUGUUCAUAUCAAUAUUAAACAAUGGCUUUUUAACUGUGCGCUCAAAAGCUGUUUUGCAAAAAGAUGAAUAUAAUAUUCUAAAUUUUUUUGAGUCACGACUCAAGGGUUUGCUGGGACUCUCGUAUAAAAAGUCAUUCAACUCUGAAAUCAAAAAUUGCAAUGAAAAUCUCAAAUCUGUUAAGUUUAAUUUAGACGUACAAACUGAUUUAACGAUUCCUAGCAUGUAUAACGAAGAAUCAGAUCCUUCGUCACUCGAUGACAAGUUAUCAGAAUUAAGCUGCCUAAUGCAAAAAUAUUACGAUGAUACUGAAGUACUUAUCUUACCUCUUUUUCAUGCUGAACUUUUUUAUGGUAAUUUUAUGGAAGCUUUUAACUUAAAAAAGAUUAUAAUUAAAGAAAUGUUGGAACAUAAUCAAUCAAAUGAAAGCACGGAAGAUUCCUGAUUGUAUUGUCGUUGUUAACAUUAUGCAGUAUUGAAUAAUAUAUACAGUAACGGUUUAUAAUAUAACAUAUGUAAUAUAUAUAUAUA